AUGAGAGGAAGGAGUUAUAGUCCAUCUCCUCCAAGGGGCUAUAGUAGAAGGGGAAGGAGUCCUAGUCCCCGGGGGCGUCACGGUGGUCGUGGUAGGGAUCUUCCUACCAGCCUCCUAGUUCGCAACCUUCGCCAUGAUUGCAGGCCUGAAGAUCUUCGCAGGCCCUUUGAACAGUUUGGUGCUCUCAAGGACAUUUACUUGCCUAGAGACUAUUAUACUGGGGAACCCCGUGGUUUUGGUUUUGUGCAAUAUUCAGAUCCUCAUGAUGCUGCGGAGGCAAAACAUCACAUGGAUGGUCGAGUUCUUCUUGGCCGGGAGUUGACUGUUGUAUUUGCUGAGGAGAAUAGGAAGAAGCCAGUUGACAUGAGAGCAAGGGAGUCAACAAGGGGUCGAUUUCGUGAUAGAAGAAGAUCACCUCCUCGUUAUUCUCGGUCACCACGCCAUUCUCGUUCUCCACCUCCGCACCAUGCAAGUUCCCGGUCCCACAGUCGUGAUUAUUAUUCCCCUCCUCCAAAAAGAAGGCAUCACUCAAGAGGGAACCUUCUCAAAACUAAACUUCACACAUAUCUUCCCAUUGCUCCCUCUUUGAUUGUGCAUGUCCUGGCCUUUUACUUUGAAGCAGAUCUAUUUCAGCCCAAGAGAGGAGAUACAGUCAAGGGCGGUCAUAUUCACGAUCAAGGAGCCGCAGCCAAACUCCAAUUAGGGAUCAGAGCAGGAGCCCGGGCUCAACGCAAGGAGAUAGAAAACUUUGUUGAUAUUUUAGUCAAAUUGACGCUCCCAUCAAUCUUGGUCCCUUGCGAACCCCUUCAAAGGCAUCAUGUUUUGGCAUCUGGGUGCUUUGCUGUUAGGGUUUUGGCAUCUGGGUUUUUUCAAGAUUUAAGGGUUUCAGGGUUUUGGUUUGAUGUUUGUGAAGUUCUUUGGAUUCUUGAAUGUCUUUGCUUCUUGUUUUCUACCAUCAUGUGCUUGGAUUUGAUUGUUGAAAUUAUUGUCCUUUUAUUUGUCUAUGCGGAAAAAAUCAAGGCAUCUGUUGAAGCCAUGAAGCUCCAGCUAGACUGUGCUUUCUGGUCAUUGGUUUUUCUCAUCGCAUUCUUCUUGUGUUUGAAGUUUCAAAGCUAUGUAUCAGGCGCAUUUGUAGGAAUAAAUAUUGGGACCGAUGUUGUGAACAUGCCAUCGGCUCCAGAUGUGGUUGCAAUCCUUAAAGCCAAUAAGAUUUCUCAUGUGCGCCUCUAUGAUGCUGAUGCCCACAUGUUGAAAGCCCUUGCAGACAGUGGGAUUGAAGUAAUGGUUGGUGUUACAAAUGAGGAAGUCUUAGGGAUUGGGGAAUCUCCUUCAAAAGCAGCAGCAUGGAUUAAUCAAAAUGUUGCAGCUUACUUGCCUUCAACCAACAUUACAGCCAUUGCAGUUGGCAGUGAGGUUCUUACCUCAAUCCCUAAUGUUGUCCCUGUUUUGGUUCCUGCCAUGAACUACCUCCACAAAGCCCUUGUUGCUUCAAAUCUAAAUUAUCAGGUCAAAGUUUCAACCCCUCAAGCCAUGGAUAUUCUUCAGUUCUUGAAAAACACAAACUCCUACUACAUGUUAAAUGCUUAUCCAUAUUUUGGAUACACAUCUGGAAAUGGCAUUUUCCCUCUUGAUUACGCUCUUUUCCGAUCACUUCCCUCAGUCAAACAGAUUGUUGACCCCAACACUCUUUCUCACUAUGAUAGCAUGUUUGAUGCUAUGGUGGAUGCUGCCUAUUAUUCUAUAGAAGCUCUGAAUAUGUCUGGGAUCCCAAUUGUAGUUACAGAAACUGGCUGGCCUUGGCUUGGUGGAGCCAAUGAACCUGAUGCCACUGCAGAUAAUGCUGAGACUUUCAAUAAUAAUUUGAUCCGGCGAGUUCUAAAUGAUUCAGGACCACCUAGUCAGCCAAACUUCCCCAUCAACACGUACAUUUAUGAGUUGUUCAAUGAAGACAAGAGGCCUGGGCCUGUGUCAGAGAAGAACUGGGGCUUGUUUUUUACCAAUGGCAGUGCAGUUUAUAGUUUUAGUUUGAGUACUUCCAAUGGAAUUACUGGAAACAAUUCUGAUUUCUGCGUUGCCAAACCAAAUGCGGAUCCUGGUAAGUUGCAAAAAGGGCUGAACUGGGCAUGUGGGGAAGGAGGGGCUAACUGCAGUGCUAUUCAAGAAGGGCGACCAUGCUAUCUUCCUAAUACUUACCAGAACCAUGCAUCUUAUGCUUACAACGACUAUUAUCAAAAAAGCGUUCUGCCGGUGCAACAUGUGACUUUGACGGUACUGCUACAACCACUACGGCUGAUCCUAGUUAUGGAUCCUGUAAAUUUACUGGGAGGUGAGAAUCUGAAUCUGCUUGUAGCAUUGUCUAAACUUGUGAAUAUCUUGAAACAGUUCAACUGUCACUCUGACCUCGAAUGGAGGAUUUACAUCGCCUGUGGCACCUGGACCUGUGAGUCCUCAAGGAGGGAGUGGAACUAUGAACAUGCAUGUUUCGAAAAUUCAAUUUCUAACAUCAGCAGUGGUUCUUGCUCUAGUCUUGCUUUGACCCCUGGGUCCUUUCAGUUUUGCAUCUUGUUAGGCGAUUUAACAAGUGCUGAAGAUCAUCAACUUAUUGAAAAUGAUUAA